GACCCUGGCCCAUUUGGAGAGCGGACUUUCCUCCUCCUCCUCCUCCUUCCACUCCUCCUCAGGCUCCAUCACCUCGGCUGUCUGUGAACGAUCAGGUCCAAAGUAAACGAGGACAGACGGGACACCAGACCUCUCCACACUCUUCCUCCCCUGUUUGUGUGAUAUAUCAGUCAUUUCUUUUGGACACUGUCCGGAAUUGAAUGGUCCAUUCAUGCUCUGCUGAGACAGACACGGAGUGAAAAUGAAGAGAAGGCUGUGUUUGGCAGCGUCUGCCUUCAUGGCAGUGGCAAUAGUGUCGUGUGUGAGGGCUCAGAAUGAAGUGAUGCCUCCGACGGAUUUGAAAUUUAAAAUUUUAAAUGAGCACACAGUAGAAAUGACAUGGAAAUUGCCCCAGUCAAGAAUAGAGGGCUUCAGAAUACAAGUGUCAUCAGGUCAAGAUGAGCCUGUGAAAGAGUUUACACUUCCUGCCUCUGCAAAAAAGACCUCCAUCAGUGACUUAACCACUGAUGUAGUUUAUGAAGUAACAAUAUCUUCAUAUGCUGGAUCACAAGAGAGUAUACCCCUCUCUGGUCAGAUAACAAUUCAAUCAAGUGGGUUUGAAGGAGGUCCUAGAAGACCACAGACUUCAGAUUCAAGCAAAUGCUCAGCCAGUGCAGUUGCAGAUCUGGUCUUUCUGGUGGAUGGUUCCUGGAGUGUGGGGCAGGAGAAUUUCAAGCAAGUCCGCAGCUUCAUUUCAGCCAUGGCCGGAGCUUUUGACAUCGGAGAGGACAAGAGCAGAGUGGCCGUGGUUCAGUAUAGCACAGAUGCAAGGACUGAGUUCACUCUAAACCAAUACCUGAGACGCCCUGAGCUGCUCCGUGCCAUCAACAACCUGCCCUACAAAGGAGGAGACAUCAUGACAGGUGAUGCCUUGGACUACCUGCUGCAAAAUGUUUUCACGGAAACCGCUGGUGCCAGAAAAGGAUUCCCCAGAGUUGCUGUGGUCAUCACGGGUGGACAAUCGCAAGACUCUGUUGAGGACUAUGCUAGAAAACUGAGGAACAACGGCGUUGAGAUCUUCGCCCUAGGCAUCAGUGAGGCGGAUAAAGAAGAGCUGCAACAAAUGGCAUCCACUCCAUAUAACACUCACGUGUAUACUGUCUCUCGCUUUGAUCUGAUCAAGACGGUGCAGAAGGACCUCAUUGCACAUGUGUGUUCUGGAGUCGAGAAUCAGAUGAGCUCAUUGGCCAGUGGCGAGGAAGUGGUCGAACCUGCCUCAAACCUGCAGGUUAAGGAGGUGGCAUCCAAAUCGAUGAGGAUGACGUGGGAUGCCUCUGCGGGUGAAGUAACUGGCUAUAAGAUACAGCUGGUGCCUAUGAUUGCGGGAAGCAAGCGGCAGGAGCUUUACGUCGGUCCCACUCAGACCAGUGUGAAUGUGAGGGACCUUUCUCCAGAGACUGAGUAUGAAAUCAGCUUAUUUGCCCUGAAAGGACUAAUGCCAAGUGAACCAAUCAUUACUCUGCAGAAGACUCAACCUCUCAAAAUAUCACUGGAAUGUUCCCUUGGAGUGGAUGUUCAGGCUGAUGUUGUCCUUCUGGUCGAUGGGUCGUACAGUAUAGGGUUGGCCAACUUUGCAAAAGUGAGAGCUUUUCUGGAGUACCUGGUCAACUCCUUUGACAUUGGUCCACACAAGGUCCAGAUCAGUCUUGUGCAGUACAGCAGGGAUCCACACACUGAGUUUUACCUGAACACGCACCACAAUCUGGAUGCGGUGAUUAAAGCGGUGAGAAACUUUCCAUACAGAGGAGGUUCCACUAACACUGGCAAAGCCAUGACUUACGUGAGGGAGAAGAUCUUUGUUUCCAACCGAGGAGCUCGUGCCAAUGUACCUCGCGUGACAAUCCUCAUCACAGAUGGCAAGUCUUCAGAUGCUUUUAAAGAUCCAGCCACGAGGCUGAGAAACAGCGAUGUGGAGAUCUUUGCUGUUGGGGUGAAAGAUGCCGUGAGGUCAGAGCUGGAAGCCAUUGCCAAUCCUCCUGCUGAAACCCACGUGUACACUGUGGAGGAUUUCGACGCCUUCCAGAGGAUCUCCAAAGAACUGACCCAGUCCAUUUGUCUACGCAUUGAGCAGGAACUUCUGAAGAUCAAGCAGAGAAGUUUGGUAUCACCUAAGUCCCUGAGGUUUUCCGAAAUAAGCUCCAGGAGUUUCCGGGCCACGUGGACAAGCGAUGCUACAGAUGUUGAGUCCUACCUAGUCAAGUACAAACCUGCUGACACUCCUGAUGCAGAUUAUGUCUCCGUCUCAGUACCAGGAGACACCACCACUGCUAUGCUCGUCCACCUCACGCCCCUCACCAAGUAUGAGGUCAACGUCUUGGCCCAAUAUGAGAAAGGAGACAGUUCACCUCUCACUGAUUUUGAGACUACGCUUGAGGAUCGAGGAACUGUGCGUAACCUCCGUGUUUCUGAGGAGACCACCAACAGUUUCCUUGUGUCGUGGGCACCAGCUCCAGGAGCCGUAGUGAGAUACAAGUUGACCUAUUCUCCAGUCAGAGGUGACAUCACCAUAAAGGAGGCCUUUACACAGGGCCCUGAAACCAAUAUCGUCCUCCAACAACUCCACCCACUCACCACUUACAGAGUGAGUGUGGCAGCCGAGUACUCAUCGGGCACUGGGGAGCAAAUGCAAAUUGAUGGCACUACUAAAGAGGAGCUAGGCUCUCCACGAAACCUGCGGGUUUUUGAUGAGGGAAUAUCGUCGAUGCAAUUGGAGUGGGAGCCGGCGCCGGGUCGGGUGCAGCAGUAUGUGGUGUCCUAUCAGCCAACCGAGGGUGGAGAAAUAAAAGAAUUGACAGUGAAGAGACCAUCCACCAUGCUCAAAAACCUGCAGUCUGGCACCGAGUAUCAGAUUUCUGUCCAUGCACGCUACUCCUCUGGCCUUGGCCAGCCCCUGGAGGGCACCGGCACCACUCUCGAUGAGCUUGGCUCGCCCAGAGACCUGAUAACCAGCGAUGUAACAGAUUCAAGCUUCAUGGUGUCAUGGUCAGCCGCUCCAGGCCGUGUCAGGCAGUACCGUGUCCACUGGAUGUCGCAGUUUAGUGACGAAUCAGGGGAUAUAACUGUGCCAGGAGAUGUGACAAGCACUCUGUUGGAGGGCCUAAGCCCCGAAACUCGGUAUCAAGUGUCGGUUUUCGCCUCCUACAACCUUGGAGAGGGAGAGCCUCUGGUGGGAGAAGAGACCACUGAUGCUUCCGCUGCUGCUAAGGCACUGACAGUGUCUGACGAGACGGAAAAGUCAAUGAGAGUGAAAUGGCAGGCGGCUCCAGGCCGGGUGCUGAGCUACAGAGUGACAUAUACGCCCCAAUCUGGUGGCAGACAGCUGAGUGUGAAAGUGCCGCACAACAUAACAUCCACCGUGCUGAAGAAGCUGCAGCCCAUGACCACAUAUGACAUCACUGUUCACCCCAUUUACAGGCGUGGAGAAGGCAAAGCAAGGCAAGGAGUAGGAACCACACUGUCACCUUAUAAAGCGCCAAGAAACCUGCAGACCUCUGAACCGACCAAAACGAGUUUCCGUGUGACUUGGGACCCAGCACCGGGCGAUGUGCGUGGCUACAAAGUCACGUUUCACCCAAGUGAUAAUGAAGUGAAUCUCGGAGAGAUGCUUGUGGGACCAUAUGACAACACAGUCGUCUUAGAGGAGCUCAGAGCAGGAACUAAGUACUCAGUGGCUGUGUUUGGAAUGUUUGAUGGAGGACAGAGUUUGCCUUUGGCUGGAGAGGAGAGAACAACACUUAUCGAUCCACCUGAACCCCCACCCAUGGACCCUCCUGAUGCUCAGUGUAAAACCACAGCCAAAGCAGAUAUAGUUCUGCUGGUGGACGGCUCCUGGAGCAUCGGGCGUUUGAACUUCAAGACCAUUCGGACCUUCAUCGCUCGCAUGGUGGGCGUCUUCGACAUCGGACCAGACAAGGUCCAGAUUGGCCUGGCUCAGUACAGUGGAGACCCCAGGACAGAGUGGAACCUUAAUGCUCAUCGCACCCGCGAAAGUCUCUUAAAUGGUGUAGCCAACCUGCCGUAUAAAGGCGGAAACACCAUGACGGGUUUGGCUUUGAACUACAUCCUGCAGAACAACUUUAAACCAGAAGUUGGGCUCAGGCCUGACUCUCGUAAAAUCGGUGUCCUCAUUACUGAUGGCAAAUCACAGGAUGACAUUAUUGUUAGCUCCCAGAAUCUGAAGAGCGAAAACAUCGAGCUUUAUGCCAUUGGUGUGAAGAAUGCUGAUGAGAAUGAGUUGAGGUCCAUUGCCUCCGAUCCCGAUGAGAUCCACAUGUACAACGUUAAUGACUUCUCCUUCCUGCUGGACAUUGUCGAUGACCUCACCAUAAAUCUCUGUAAUAGUGUCAAAGGACCAGGAGGAGGAGGUCCAGGGACUCCCACCGAUCUAGAGACCUCAGAGGUGACUCAGUACUCCUUCCGUGUCACUUGGAUACCCCCUGAUGAACCUGUGGAGAGAUUCCGGAUUGAAUAUGUCCCUGUGACUGGAGGCAAGACUGAAGUGAUGUAUGUGGAUGGUGAGGAGAACACUUUGGUGCUGACCGGCCUGACGCCUAACACGGAGUACGCAGUGAGUGUCUUCUCCAUUAUUGGCGAGGAAAGCAGUGACCCCCUCAAAGGCACAGAAACUACCUUGCCCCUGUCUGCUGUGAAGAGCAUGACGGUCUAUGACGAAAGUAUGACCAGCAUGCGAGUGAGAUGGGAGAUAGUAGAAGGCGCUAGUGGCUACAUGCUCAAAUACAGUGCCAUCAACGCUACUGUGAGCACUGAGGAGAAAGAGAUGCGAGUUAGGGAAAAUGUGAACGAUGUCCAGCUGCUGGAGCUGCUUCCUAAUACGGCCUAUGCUUUAUCCCUGUUUGCUCUACAUGGGGACGCUGCCAGCGCUCCUCUCAUUGACCAGGGAGUCACUUUACCCAUCCCUCCUUCUGGCAAACUGAAAAUCACAGAUGUGACCCACAGUUCCAUGCGUCUGGAUUGGGAUCCAUCUCCAGGGAAGGUCAUAAAGUACAUUGUCACCCACAGGCCUGAAGGUGGAGAGCCAACUGAGGUUGAGGUUGGUGGUGAUAUCAUUACUCUGGAUCUCAAAAACCUACGUUCUCAAACUGAGUAUGAUAUUACUGUCACUCCUGUAUAUGACGUGGGAACAGGAAGCAAAAUGACUGGCACUGAUAUCACAGAUGUGGUGCCAGCCCCAAAGAACCUGAGGUUCUCUGAGGUGACGCAGACCUCAUUUAAAGCCACAUGGGAACAUGGAGCCCCGGAUGUCUCCCUCUACCGCAUUGGGUGGGUUAAGAAAGGGGGCACAGAUGUCCAAAAUACUAUCCUGGGUAGCGAGGAGACAUCUCUUGUUCUCGUAGACCUGGACCCAGAAACGCUGUAUGACGUCACUGUCACAGCCAUCUACCCUGACGAGUCUGAGAGCGAAGACCUGAUAGGCAGCCAACGUACAUUGUCAAAGAUCAUUACGCCUGCUCCCAAUGGACCUCCUCAGAACUUGCAAGUUUUCAAUGCCACCACCACCUCUCUGACUGUGAAGUGGGACCAUGCUCCUGGCCCUGUCCAGAACUACAAGAUCAACUAUCAGCCAGUGGCUGGUGGAAAAACUAUGUCUACCCAGGUUGGAGGAAAGAAGAACAGUGUUAUUCUUCAGAAGCUGACUCCUGACACGGCAUAUUCCAUCACUGUAGCGGCAGUGUUUCGCACUGGAGAGCCCAAAGACAUUUCUGGCCAAGGAAAGACAAAACCAUUAGGUGGGGUGCGAAACCUCCAGGUCCUGAACCCGACCAUGACCACUCUGAAUGUACGCUGGGAGCCAGCUGAAGGAAAAGUAAAGGAGUACAAAGUCAUAUAUGUUCCUGCAGCUGGUGGAGCUGAAACCAUGGAGCAGGUAUCCGGUACCACUACCACCACAGUCCUGAGAGGCCUGCAGCCAGAUACUCUGUACACCGUCACUGUGUACCCAGUGUAUGCUGAGGGUGACGGCAAUAGGAUGUCAGAAAAUGGAAAGACAAGGGCCCUGGGAGGAGUAAAGAAUUUGAGGGUCACUAACCCCACCAUGACUUCUCUCAAUGUCAAAUGGGAACCUGCUGAUGGGGCAGUACGCCAGUACAAGAUCUUCUACGUCCCUGUAGCUGGAGGCACCGAGGAUAUGGAACAAGUUCCUGCCAGCACAACAAACACUGUAUUGAGGAACCUUCAGCCAGACACUCUUUACACUGUGUCAGUUUUGCCAGUAUAUCCAGCUACCGAGGGUCGCCGCCAGUCUGAGAAUGGAAAGACCUUGCCUCUUGGUGGUGUUAGGGAUCUCCGUAUCUCUGAUGCCACCUUCACCACGCUGACAGCAACCUGGGAUGCUGCCGAUGGGAAUGUUCAAGGCUACAAAGUCAUCUACAUGCCCACAGAUGGAGGCCCUGAGCUUGUGGAACAAGUAUCUGAGAGCACCACUACUUUUGUGAUGAAAAGCCUUAAACCCGACACUCUAUACACUGUCACCGUUGUGCCCGUUUAUGCUGAAGGAGAUGGACCACAGCUCUCUGAGAAGGGCAGGACAAAACCUCUGGGUACUGUGAGGAACCUGCAGGUUACUGAUCCAACCAUAAAUACACUCAGUGUUCGCUGGGACCCUGCUGAGGGCAACGUCAGAGAGUACAUUGUCAUCUACGUUCCCAAAGCUGGUGGUGAACAAGACGUGGAACAGGUCCCUGGGACCACCACCUCCACCGUUCUGAAGAAUCUGGAACCUGACACAGUGUACACUGUUACUCUAGUACCUGUUUACCAUGAGAUGGAAGGGAAACCCCUGUCAGAAAAUGGAAAGACAAAACCACUGGGUGGAGUCCGGAACCUGCAGGUAACUGACCCAACUGCAAGCACACUGACUGUACGCUGGGACCAUGCAGAUGGAAAUCCUCGUCACUACAAAGUUUUCUAUGUAACACAACCAGGAACAGCGGAGAAAAUGGAACAAGUUUCUGGUAGCACUACCACCACUGUCCUGCGUAACCUAGAUCCCAACACAGUCUACAAGGUCACUUUGUUGCCCAUAUAUGAACAAGACAUAGAGGGCAAACGUCAGUCUGAGAAUGGAAAGACGAAGCCUCUGGGUGCAGUGAAGAACAUUCAGGUGACAGAUCCCACUGUUAACUCUUUAAGGGUGCGUUGGGACCCGGCUGAUGGUGACGUUCGUCAGUACAAUGUCAUUUACGUGCCUACUGCUGGAGGCACUGAAAGCAUGACUCAGGUGUCUGGAGUUUCAACCAACACAAUUCUCAGGAACCUACAGCCAAACACCGAGUACACAGUCACUGUCAUGCCAGUGUAUUCAGAUAUGGAAGGGAAGAGACAGUCAGAGAAAGGAAAGACAAAACCUUUGGGUGGAGUGAAGAACUUGCAGGUGACCGACCCAACCACCAGCUCCCUGAGAGUGCGCUGGGAGCCUGCCGAAGGAAACGUGCGCCAAUACCGUCUCUUCUACGUGCCUGCUACGGGAGGUGCUGAGGAUAUGGAGCAAGUAUCUGGAGGAACCACCAACACAGUAUUGAGGAAUCUUCUAUCAGAUACAGUGUACACUGUAACUGUGGCUCCGGUGUAUCCUGAGGGAGAGGGCCUUCGCCAGUCAGAGAAGGGAAAGACACUUCCUCGUACUCCACCCAGGAACAUCCAGGUUUAUCGUCCCACCCCCAACAGCCUCAACGUCCGGUGGGAGCCAGCCUCGGGCCAAGUGCAGCAGUACCGUGUUGAGUAUGCGCCGCUCACUGGAGUCCGACCUUCUGAGUCUGUUUUGGUUCCUGGAAACAUCAACAAUGCAUUCCUGGACCAGCUCGUCCCCGACACGCCGUACUCCGUCAGUGUCUUGGCGCUGUAUGCUGAUGGAGCUGGACCACCAGUCAAAGGAAACGGAAAAACAUUGCCACGUGCUGGUCCCAGAAACCUUCGUGUGUUUGACGCCACCACAAGCACACUCAGUAUUGGCUGGGAUCAUGCUGAAGGACCUGUAGUGCAGUACAAAAUCACGUAUGCGCCAAUGACAGGAGACCCCAUUACUGAGUUUACUGCUGUUCCUGGAAACAGAAACAUCGCCAUCCUCCAAAACCUGCUCCCUGAUACUCCUUACAACAUCACGGUACAGGCCAUCUACUCUGAUGCACAGGGAGGGUCUCUGGUCGGAAAUGGAAAGACACUUGGCCUGCUGGAGCCCCAAAACCUUCGCGUGUCAGAUGAGUGGUACACCCGUUUCCGUGUGGCCUGGGACCCUGCUCCAGCCCCGGUGCUCGGGUAUAAACUCGUCUAUCAGCCCACAGAUAGGGACGAGACGCUGGAGGUGUUUGUCGGCGAUGUUACCUCAUAUACUCUUCACAACCUGCUACCUGGCACAACUUAUGAUGUCAAAGUGUUUGCUCAGUACGACGCUGGUGUGAGCGGAGCGCUCACGGGACAAGGAACAACACUCUACCUCAACGUGACCAACCUGGAAACGUACAACGUCGGCUACGACCAGUUCUGCGUCAAGUGGACACCUCACCGAGGCGCAACUUCUUACAGGAUCAAGCUGAAUCCUCUGGAUCCAUCUGCUAAAGGUCAGCAGGAGAUCACCAUCACAGCUGCGCAGAGUCAGUAUUGCUUUGAUGGCUUGAGUCCUGACUCUCUGUAUAGCGCAACUGUGUUUGUACAAACUCCCAAUUUGGAGGGACCUGGAGUCAGCACCAAAGAGCGCACGUUGAUAAAGCCAACGCCAGUGCCAACUCUUCCUCCUACUCCUCCUCCUCCACCAACCAUUCCUCCUGGCUGGGCCGUGUGCAAAGGUGCCAAGGCAGAUGUUGUGUUCCUCAUCGAUGGCUCAUGGAGCAUCGGCGAAGAUAGCUUCCUCAAAGUACGGCAGUUUAUCUUCAGUAUCAUGGGAGCUUUUGAUGUCAUCGGGCCAUCAGGAAUGCAGGUUGCUUUUGUUCAGUACAGCGACGAUGCCAAGAGUGAGUUCAGACUGAACACUUAUGAUGAUAAAGGCACUGCUCUGUCGGCUCUGCAGCUCAUCCGCUACAAGGGAGGAAACACAAAGACAGGCGUCGCUCUGAAAUAUGUGUACGACAGAGUGAUCACUUCAGACAGUGGAAUGAGGAGGAAUGUCCCGAAGGUGGUGGUGGCUGUUACUGAUGGACGGUCUCAAGAUGAAGUGCAGAAAAGUGCUGCCAAGCUGCAACAUGCUGGUUUCAGUGUGUUUGUGGUUGGAGUGGCUGACGUGGACUACGUUGAGCUCCAGAACAUCGCCAGCAAGCCAAGUGAACGCCACGUUUUCGUCGUGGAUGACUUUGACGCCUUUGCCACGAUACAGGACAAUCUGGUCACCUUCAUCUGUGAGACUGCGUCUUCCACUUGUCCUCUGAUCUAUGUGAACGGCUUCACAUCUCCAGGCUUCCGAAUGCUUGAGGCAUUCAAUCUGACUGAAAAGACGUAUGCUUCGGUUAAGGGCGUAUCAAUGGAGCCAGGCUCUUUCAACAGCUACACAGCCUACAGGCUCCAUAAAGAUGCCUUCAUCAGUCAGCCUUCAGUAUACAUCCAUCCCUUCGGCCUUCCCCCAUCCUACACCAUUAUUCUGAUGUUCCGGCUUCUUCCAGACUCGCCCAAUCAGCCUUUCGAUAUCUGGCAAGUGUCUGAUAACAGUCACAAGCCUGAGGUCGGCAUCACUAUUGACCCCUCCAAACAGACCAUAUCGUUUUAUAACAAGGACACGCGAGGAGAGCUUCAGAAGGCCACAUUUGACAGUCCACAACUGAAGAAAAUAUUCCAUGGAAGCUUCCACAAGCUCCACAUCAUGGUCUCGCCCAACAGCGUUAAACUGAACAUGGACUGCCAGCAGGUGGCUGAGAAGGAAAUUAAGGAAGCUGGAAAUACAUCAGCAGAUGGCUAUCAAGUGCUGGGAAAAAUGUCCAAAUCUAUCGGCUCCAAAGGGGACUCGGCGACGUUCCAGCUCCAGAUGUUCGAUAUAAUCUGUAGCCUGGGAUGGACCAGCCGGGACAGAUGUUGUGACCUUCCUUCAAUGAGAGACGAGUCCAAGUGUCCACCUCUUCCCAAUGCCUGCACAUGCACGUCAGACAGCAAUGGGCCUCCCGGACCGCAGGGGCCUGUGGGAUCACCUGGUAGCAAAGGUCCUCGAGGUGAAAAAGGAGAAAAUGGGCCUGUUGGUCCAGUUGGACCUCGUGGAGAGAUGGGUCCCCCAGGCCCGAUGGGUCUUCCAGGACCGCAGGGCCCCAGUGGGCACUCGAUUCCAGGAGAAGCUGGGCGUCCAGGACCGAAAGGAGAUCCCGGUGACGCUGGACUACCUGGACAGAAAGGUCCACCUGGACCAGCUGGUCCUGUCGGCCCUAUGGGAAUCGCUGGUGUGAGGGGACCUCCAGGGAAAGAAGGACCAGCCGGACCCAGAGGCCCACCAGGACCAAUGGGAGCACCUGGAUCUCCUGGAAUGCCAGGUCCUGCUGGAAAACCUGGCAAGUCUGGUGAAAACGGUGUUCCUGGACCCAGUGGAUUGAAGGGAGACAAGGGUGAAAGAGGUGACCUUGCCUCUCAGGGCAUGAUGCGUUCCAUUGCCAGACAAGUCUGUGAACAAUUAGUCAACAGUCAGAUGAGCCGAUUCAGUGAAAUGCUGAACCAGAUCCCCAGUGAAAUGCGCAGUAACAGUCCUGGACCUGCAGGCCCUCCUGGGCCACCUGGUAUUCAAGGGCCUCGUGGAGAACCUGGCCGGAUUGGACAAAACGGUUUCCCAGGAAGGCCAGGAGUGCCCGGACAGCAGGGAGAAAGAGGUCCACCUGGCGAGAAGGGUGACCGAGGAAAUCCGGGAAUUGGAGAGAGAGGACAGAGAGGCCUGCCUGGACCACCUGGCCAACAAGGUGAGUCUAGACAAGGACCUCAAGGCCCCACCGGUGCUCAAGGUCCUCGUGGGCCACCUGGUCGUAAUGGUAUUGCAGGGGCUCGAGGACCACCAGGCUCUCCAGGCUAUUGCGAUUCCUCUCAGUGUGUGGGGAUCCCAUAUAACGGACAGCAAUACAGAGGUUCGUAAGCAUUCUAAAGCGCCUGUGCUGCUUUCACUCUGAAAUCAUGAGUGAGUCCUGAUUGAGCUUUGUCCUAUGAGGAUAAUCACCAAGAAAAUGAUUAAUGAACACUAUAGAAAACAGUAUAAAGCCACAUACAAACACAAUGCCGCAAAAUUAAAUAAGGGACUGGUACUAACAAGAGUUUGCCGCAACUUUAACCGCCAAAGCAACGGGUGAUGGCAGCAAUGCAGUGGCCUGUUUACAAUCUUGAAGCCAAACGGCAAACAGGCGGGUGGAGGAGCAUGACCCAAAACACACAAACAACACCAACAACAACACCUACUAACCAAGAGGAUUUAUAGCCAAGCCAGCUGAUGAUUAGCCUAACUCUUUGGUCUUUUUUUAAUCUGUAAAUAAACUAAUUGUGCCUUGUAAAUGACCCCAAAUUCACUAAAAUUAGUUUAACACCAGUAGCCAGCUUGUGCCUUGUAUUCUGCUGUUUGCUGAAUGCCAACAUGAUUGCCUUUUUUUUUUUUUUUUUAAGAUGAUGUGCCAUAAGUGAUAUACCCUUUGACUUUGCUCAGGGCCGAUUUGAACCACGUGCCUUUUUAUACUUGACCCUGGAGGUUUUUUUUUUUAAAAGAAAGUUAUUUGUGUACAUGGUAGCAGAGAUAGUAUUUUUAGAAAGUCUCCUCUUCUGUCAUCAAUUAUUUAGCUGAUAUUGAACAACCAGCUCCUCAGCUGUGUUACAAUGACUCAUGUCACACACUUGAAUCUUCCAAUAUGUUUGAUGUUUAAAUAUACCCAUGAACUCAGUGCUCCCAUGUCUACGUCUCAUUCUGCUCAUCCAAAAUGGGAAAAAAAAUGCUAAAUGAACCUACUUUAUUGUCUUCUCUAUCAGUCCCAAGUGUCUUUUAUUUUCCAGCCCAUAUUUCUGCUCUGAUCUUAGUGUCAUAGCUGUGGUGUUACAAAACAAUGCUCUUGUUGACUUUAAGUGUACUGUUACUUUAUUGCUCAACUGGGCAAAAUGAUAUUUCCAAGCAGAACCGGUUCCACGCGAGCCCGAGCCCCGUGAAAUACCUGAAGAAGACUUUGAGCUCUCACCCAGCCAGCGCCGCAAGAGAUCGCUGUCCCGAAGACAAUUCAAAUGGAUAACAUCAUAAAAAAAAAAUGUUCUUUGCAUAAAUGUAAAGUUUUUUUUUUCCAUUUAAAGUUGCUUUCACACAUGACAUCUUGAAGGUCUAUGAACUUGAUAUGACAGAGGGUCUGCACAUUUUUUUUCCUUUUAGCUACUCCCCUUGUGCGCUUGUAAAUUGUCUGCUCCAUUAUGCUAAAUCACAGCGUGUACUAGUAUUGCUGGUGAGAAAUAGUUACACUUUCUGCUUCCUGCCAACAUGAUCAUAAAGCAUAGCAAGUGUCAAAUACACACCCACACAUCAGCCAUUCACGUUAUCUGCCUUCAUCACCCGAGAAAUGUUCGUUUCAUCAUCAUCCGCAGUAACACGUGGCCUCCAUUGCAUUAUCCUAAAACAAAUAUUUAUCAGUUUUUUUAUAUCAACUCACAGCCAAUGUUUUACCAAAGGUGGAAUUGCAUGUCUGUCGUGUAUAUUUAGGAAGUUUAUUUGUUUUCUUUUGUUUUUUUUUUUGUUUAUUUUAAUCAGAAUAUAGUUGUUCUCAUUGUUGUGUUAUCAGUAUCAAACGCAGUUGGCAUUUGUGUGCAAGACUAUGGAUAUAGUAUUGCUGCUUCAUGUUUGUAACUGCAGAUUGUGAAUUCCAUAGCCUUAUUUUCUUAUUUAUUUCUGAAACAGAGGAGGCAUUUUUCAAUAAAACUACUGAAAAUAUAAA